AUGUACGAGGUUCAGUCAUGCAGCACCGUGGGAGUGUUUCAGUCAGAGGCACAAUGAGGAGAUGAUGCAUUACAGUCGGGGGAGCGUACGCAUGCAUGGAACCGGGGUUGAUGAUAUCGGAGUACUGGAUCAGAUUUCUCUGCGGCACACAGUUAAUGCACUUUGCUGGAGGUGCUUGACAUUCUAGGUGAUGAGGGAGAGCCUCGAGGGCAUCAUUCUGCUGGAGGCAAGUUCACACUCGCGGUGCAAGACUUCAAGAUGAGAGCUUGCUGGGUGUUCGUGAUCCUCCUGGGGUGCAGGUUCUCCCAUGCCACCGAGUCUCAGAGCGUCUGCAAAGACCAGCUGAAAAUCGCCUGCGUAGCCCCCGGACACAACGUGUCAGUGCCCUGUCCGAAGCUGACCACCCAAGACGUGACAUUUUACCUCCUCAAGGAAGAAGAGGUGAUUUACAAGCUUGCGUGCAUGCGUAACAACGCGACAUCAGACUGUGAGCAGUCAAACACCGGGGUGGGUGUGGAGCUGCAGGAGAACACAGAAAACAAAUCAGCCAGUUUCACGCUCACAGGCGUGAAAGCCAGUAGCUACGGUAUUUACAGAUGUGAGGUUCACAUCAUGUUCCCGCCUCCCCUCAGAAAAGUGCCCAGUACUUUGAGCAUCCUGGUACGUGUAAAAGGACACCAGUGCACAGUCAAUAAAACCUACGAUAUAAAGCCUGUCAUAGAAGAGGCUCAAAAAGAUGGAUUCCUCUGGAUCUGGAUUCUGGGGAUUGUAGUUCUUGGUGUCUAUGGAAUAAUUGUCACCAUCGUCGCCAUCAUCAUCUGGGCCAAGUGGCGGCAGUCAGAUUCCCAGUGUGACUACAUGAACACCAAACCCAAGGCCACCAGGGACCGCAAGAAGAAAAGGGGGGUUCAAAUCCCUAUACCGCGACACUUCUGACGAGCGGUGCAUCAUGUGACUGUGUGCACAGCUGUCCUGUCAGUCAUAGCAGCUCGCCAUGAACAGGACAUCAUUGUUUGUUUGGUCGAUUUCGUUGUCAGUACUACUUGUUUUGUGUCGACGCAGCAAAAGUAGCAGUUCCUCCUAGAGUUGUGGUUGUGUAAAAUAAAGAAAUAACGCACCCAG